AUGGCUACUGCAGCAAUUGUACCAUCGCUGCAACGGCUAGAUCCAAAUAUACCACACACAUUCGUGCGGCCACUAAAAAGGAUCCAUGAUCAUCAGGAUGUGGAAACAUUCCUAUCGUCUGUUGCAUACAGAGAUAUUAUGAUCUUUGUCUUGCAACUAAACCGAUGCAUGUUUCCCUCUAAGGUACCCAGCGAGAAUGGCUCUUCAAAUGUGGAGGCGUGGACAUUGGACUCCGACUCUGUUGACUUCUCGGAGCCUGUCCGUCGCCUACAGCUACUAUUAUCAAAAUUGGAGUCUCUCAUCGAUGAAGUGGCUCCAGAUACAGGGCCUCGGCGAUUCGGGAACAUCAGCUUUCGAAGAUGGUGUGAGGAGAUGGAAUCUCGUGCGUCUUCCAUUAUGGAUGAAUGUUUGCCACAGGAAAUUCUUCAGCAGAAGUCUGAGGAGGGAGAAACAGUAACGGCAAAGGAAGAGCUGAUGGCCUAUUUAACGGGAAGUUUUGGCAGCUCGCAAAGACUUGAUUAUGGAACAGGGCACGAGCUUAGCUUUUUAGCUUUCCUCGCGUGCCUAUGGAAGCUAAAUGGGUUUGCUCGAGCAGACCCUGGAAUGGAAGAGAGGGGCAUAGUUAUAGGGGUUAUUGAACCAUAUCUUCGGCUUAUUCGACGUUUAAUCCUCACGUACACUUUGGAGCCUGCGGGCUCUCACGGCGUCUGGGGCCUAGAUGACCAUUCUUUUAUAUCAUAUAUCCUAGGGUCGGCCCAGCUAUCUCCUGCCAUAGGCCUUACUGACCCAACUCCUACAGAGGGCUCCUUAUCGGAUGCUCCGGCCACAGGUGAUGUAGCUAAAUCAAACAUUGUUGAAAAGGAGCGAAAAUCAAAUAUGUACUUUUCAGCUAUUGGUUUUAUCCACGAUGUUAAACGGGGGCCGUUCUGGGAGCAUAGCCCAAUGUUAUACGAUAUCUCAGGAAUCAAAGAUGGUUGGGGGAAAAUUAAUAAGGGUAUGCUCAAAAUGUACAAUGCGGAGGUUUUGUCCAAGUUCCCAGUGGUACAGCAUUUUCCCUUUGGAUCAUUAUUUGUUUGGGAACAGGACCCAAAUGCUGUCCCUGCAGCCCCAUCAGCACAUACAUCAAGUGGACCGCAAGCUCAGACGCAGUUUUCCGCAUCUUCAAACGUUUCCACUCAACCAAACACAGGCACUCGAGCUCCAUGGGCCUCGAAACCCACAAUGGGAGACGUUCGAGGAGGCACUUUCCCUCAUCCGCCGUCUGCAGUGCCACCAUCUCAUCAAUUGCCGGUUACAAGAGCUCCAUGGGCUAACCAAAGUAGCCAGCAGCGGAAUUCGCCGCAUCGAGAGCCCUUUCCGCCUGCAAAUGUAUCUGAGAGGUGA